AUGGCAGUGUUGGAGAGUAAGAAAGUGAAAGAACUUGCUAAUUUAUAUGAAUUGCUAUUAGAAUUGAAAGAACUUGGUAUUGUUGGUUAUACUAAUCAAGAAAUGGCAAAAGAAGCUAAUAAAAAUACGAGA